GAGGAAUUUGUUCCGUUCCGCUUCAACUUCUGAAGAUUAAAAAAAAGUUGCAAGUAAUUUUUUAAGGCCUUUUGUUGUGGAAUCUAUUAGUUUAUCCGCGUGCAGUGUUUUCAACGGGUGAGUGGGGUCCGUGCGUGGGUGAGUUGGUGUCGAGGAAAAGAAGGAGGAAGCAGUUCCGCCCUCCUGAGCUGAAGCUCGAGCUCGAGCACGAACAGUGACCGGGGGAAAGAGUGGAGACCGGACGCUCCCGGAGCCCAAACCCACGGCCCAACUGAGCUCUUCAGCUGCCCACGCGUGGACGCGUCUCUGGAAGAUGAGCUUCGCCGGAUAGUAGGACUCAAAGCGAAGCGAGGAAAAGGAAAUCCCACCGACAUCUAGCGCAACAGGCGGAGUUCCACCUCUGGUCCGGCCCGGAAUUGCAAUCCAAGUGUCGAACUUUGAGUCUGACCCGGGAAGACCGCGCCAUGAGUGGAGACGAGGAGCGGUUCAAACUGGUGGUGGUGGGCGGUGGAGGAGUGGGGAAGAGCGCCUUGACCAUCCAGUUCAUCCAGUCCUACUUCGUAUCUGAUUAUGACCCCACCAUCGAAGACUCCUACACUAAGAUCUGCACUGUGGACGGGAAGGAGACGCGGCUGGACAUCCUGGACACAGCUGGACAAGAGGAGUUCGGGGCGAUGAGGGAGCAGUACAUGCGCUCAGGCGAAGGCUUCCUGCUGGUGUUCGCACUCAACGACCGGGGAAGCUAUCACGAAGUGCAGAAGUUUCACACCCAGAUCCUCCGAGUGAAGGACCGCGACGACUUCCCCAUGCUGCUGGUGGGCAACAAAUCUGACCUGGAGCAGCAGAGAGUGAUCUCCAGAGAAGACGCUCAGGCCUUCGCCAGGGAGAACAAGAUCUCCUACAUGGAGGCGUCGGCUAAGAACCGUUACAACGUGGACGAGGCCUUUCUGGAGCUGGUGCAGAUUAUCAGACGGUUUCAGGAGAGCGAGUGUCCUCCCCCCCCAGCGCAUCACACUGGGAAGCAGAAGAGCGCUGGCUGUCCCUGUGUCCUCCUCUGAGUGCGGUUGCCAUGGAAACCCAAGCCCUGUCCUUCUACAGCUUGUCCAAAAACGUAUGAGUGUGUGUGUUUUUGUGUGACAGAGAACGAGAGCGGGGGAGAGAUGGGGAAGGCUGGAGAUAAGGAACAUCAUCUUCUCCUCCUUCAAGGUUUCAUUUGCACUUUCACCAAACCUCCAAACAGCCUCGUCUCUUUUUAGCAGUCAAAGAGAUUCUAUUUACAUUUCUAUAAAAGUGGUCUUACAAUGGUCGCCGCGUAUAAUCCAGCUGUUUCAGGAUCGAGUGUGGCGGGUACGACCCAGUUCUCGGGCGAUUAUGGAACAAUACAUUACACUAUGUCCUGGUUAUAUUUCUGCUGAAUGUUGCACAGCCUCCACAACAACGCCUGCAAUACUCCUUGCUGACCAGCAGGAGGCGACACGCCGCAGUGUUUUAUGAAAGGGAAGAGCAGUAGCAGCGGCUCCUCCGACCUUAUCAGGGUUCCACGUCAGAACUACACCUGCAAUGUUCACUCUUGAUCGUCACUCUUUUCAUUUCCGUUUGCACAUGUCAGAGCUUCGUGGGUGUUGGCUGGUACUUUUUUAUUGAGAGAAAUACCAUGUAAAUAUUUGUGCUGAGAAAAUCGGAUGAAGGUCAGCAAACAUUGGGCUGGUUUCAUGUCUUGGUAACAGAAGUAAAUCCUGACCUCAGAGCGUUCUUUUCGAGAACUAAAGAAGGUGUCAGCGGUCUGAGGUCAGGAGGUUCGUGAAAAACGCGCUCCUGAAACCCAUGAGCACGAGGCACACAACCGUAGCUUUAUCAAUCCUCACGUCAGUCUUCUGCAGAUGAGAUUUUUUUAACGUUUUAUGUACAUUUUUACUUUUUAUAUUAUUUGACUUUUACAAGCUUUUUCACAACAUGUUUUAUUGAAACAGACAAAUCACUUUGAAUUAAACAUUUAACCCGACUGGUGUUUGAUCGUUUCACUGAGGCUCAUGUGAGAUAUGUGUGUGUGUGUGUGUGUGGAUUCCAAGAAAAUGCUGAAGCUACACAACUUGUUUAACCCCCUAACUCUGACUGCAUCUGACUGAUAUUGAAUUGUGUUGGUGUUUACGAGUGCAUCCAAAAAGGAGCUUUGACAGCCAGACUGUAUCAAA